AGGGAGGUGAGGAACCGGAGGAAGAUCCUCAUCAAGGGGCUGCCGGGGGACAUCGCCAACCAGGAAGUCCAUGAUCUGCUGGCAGACUAUGAGCUGAAAUACUGUUUUGUUGAUAAAUAUAAAGGAACUGCUUUUGUUACCUUGCUGAAUGGAGAACAGGCAGAAUCUGCCAUCCGCCGAUUUCACCACACUCAUCUCCGUGACCGUGAGAUCUCGGUGCAGCUGCAGCCCACAGACGCCCUCCUCUGCAUCGCAAACCUACCACCCGGUUAUACUCAGCAGCAGUUUGAGGACUUGGUCCGCCCGUUUGGUAAUCUGGAGCGGUGUUUCCUGGUGUACAGUGGUGUUACUGGACGUCCCAAGGGCUAUGGUUUUGUGGAGUACAUGAAGAAGGACUCUGCUUCCCGUGCCAAGUCAGACCUGCUGGGCAGGCAGCUGGGUUCCCGUACGCUGUAUGUUCAUUGGUCAGAUGUUAACCAGCUAACCUACCAACUGCUGCACUCCCACUGCCUGUGUGUGGAGCAUGUGAAAGAGUGU